AUGAAGGCAAUAAUUCAACGAGUUUGUAAAGCUAGUGUUGUUGUUGAACAAGAAACGAUUUCUUCAAUUGGCAGAGGCAUUUGUGUUUUGAUUGGAAUAAGUAGAGAAGAUGGAGAUGAGGAUAUUGAAUAUAUGGUUAGGAAAAUACUAAAUUUGAGAAUUUUUGAAAAUCCAGAAAAUGGGAAGAGGUGGGACAAAUCUGUGGUAGAUUUGGGGUUGGAAGUGCUUUCUGUUAGUCAGUUCACUUUACACGCACUAAUUAAAGGGAAUAAAUUAGACUUUCACCGUUCAAUGAAUCCAGAAGAUGCUCCACAAUUUUAUUUGAAAUAUUUGGAAAAAUUAAAAUCAAAAUAUGUUCCAGAAAAAAUAAAGGUUAGCCAAAAUUUUUAUUUUUUAAUUUCUAAAAAUCCAAAGGACGGGAAACCACAUUUUAACCCCUUUUUAGCCUAUUCGCGAUUUUAA